AUGGUUGUUCUCUCUGAACUUUGUGAAGGAUCUUCAUCUUCUUCAUCAACUCAAGCUCAUAGAUAUGACGUAUUUUUAAGUUUCAGAGGUGUUGACACUCGUCAUAGUUUCACUAAUCACCUUUACAAUGCACUCAUGCAUGCCAAUAUCACUACCUUCUUGGAUGAUGAAGAGAUAGAAACAGGGGAAGAUCUGAAACCAGAAUUGGAAUAUGCCAUUAAAGCAUCUAGGGCUUCUGUUAUCGUGUUGUCCAAAAAUUAUGCUACUUCCACAUGGUGUCUUGAUGAACUGGUGUUGAUCCUUGAACAACAUAUGAAAUCCAAUCAUAUUAUCAUCCCCAUCUUUUAUCAUGUUGAGCCCACCAGUGUCAGGAAGCAACAAAGUAGCUUCGGAGAUGCAAUGGCUAAGCAUAGACAGAAGAUGGAGGCAGAGACAAAUUCAAAUAAAAGAAAUCAAUGGUCUCAAAAGAUAGAGCUUUGGAAUAAAGCGCUUAGAGAAGUUGCUGACUUAAAAGGGAAGGAUGCAAACAGCAGGCAAGAGGUGGAGUUAAUUGAUGAAAUUGUCAAGGACAUCUACCGGAGAUUAUGUGUAUCGUCAAGGUUUCCACUACCACAACUUAUUGGGAUGGAAAACUCCAUUAAACUUGUCACUUCGUGGUUGAAAGAUGCAACAUCCCAUACGACAGACAUACUCACUAUUUUGGGUAUGGGUGGGAUCGGGAAGACGUCUUUAGCGAAAUAUGUCUAUGUGCUACAUUCUCAUGAAUUUGACAACAGCAGCUUCAUUGCAGAUGUCAAUAGGCGAUGUGAUACAAAAUAUAAUGGGACGAUUGAUGUACAAAAACAACUCUACAAUGACAUCUCCAAACCAAGUUCAGUUCAAGUUCAUGAUGUUUCUAUAUACACCUCAAUGAUUGAGAAUGCAUUAGCCCGUAAAAAGGUGUUUCUAGUUCUUGAUGAUAUUGGUAGUAUCAAUCAUCUAGAUGCGUUACUUGGAAGCAAAGGUUUUCACCCAGGAAGCAAAAUUCUAAUAACAACAAAAGAUGCAUGGUUGACACAGAGUAGUUUACCAUUCAAAACGAACAUUAAACCCAACUAUGCAGAGCACAAGCUUAGUGGCUUAUCUACUAUUGAAGCACGAAAACUUUUGUGUUUUCAUGCAUUCAUGUGCAACAAUCCCAAGGCAGGUUAUGAAGAGGUGUCAGAAAAACUUGUGAAGUAUUGUGGCGGACAUCCAAUGGCUCUUAAAGUUUUGGGUAGGUCUCUACAUAAUCGAGAUGUAACUUAUUGGGAGGGGUACAUAGACACACUAAAGAAAGAAAAUAAUUCCCCUAUAAAUAAUGUCUUGAGAAUGAGCUUUGACUCGUUGUCAUCAGAAAAUGACAAGGACUUGUUUAAGCAUAUUUCUUGUUUUUUUGUUGGAAUGGAUAGAAAUGAUACUGUAACAAUAUUAGAGGCGUGCGAUAUAGAAACAAAAACUGGGAUCACGAAUCUUAUCGAUAAAUGCCUUCUUAGUAUUGGAUGGUAUAAUGAAAUGACGAUGCAUCAGUUGGUUCAAGAGAUGGGAAGAUUUGUGGUACGUGAAGAAUCACUUAACCGUCCAUGGGAACGAAGUCGAUUAUGGGGUCAUGAGUCCUUUAGAGUGUUAAAACAAGAAAAGAGUACGAAAAAUGUUCUAGGCCUCACCCUUGACAUGAAAAUUCUUGAGAACAAGAAGAUACGUGGAUCACUUGAGUUGAAAACGGAUGCAUUAACUAUCCACAGCGACUUCAUAAGCGACUCAAGAAAUUGAUUGGAUCAUGCUCGGAUGAUAAAAGGUUGCUUGGAUCGUUGAAGAUUCUUAAUUUAAGUUUCUGUGAACAACUUCGCAGUCUUGGUGGCUUUGACCACCUCCCUAAACUAGAGAGGUUAAUACUUAAUGGUUGCACCAGUUUGCUUGAGGUUUGUGAGUCAAUUGAGGUAUGUGCUGAACUUGUCCAUGCUGAUCUAAGCUACUGCAACAAGCUUGGAAAACUUCCAAGAAUCAUAGGCAUGUUAAAGAAGGUUAAAACAUUGUUGCUAGAAGGAUGUGGUCUUGGUGAAUCUCGAAUCAAGGAUAACAAUAUUGGCAUAAACUCAAUAACGUCUUCCUCCACCAUAGUGGGGGCUAUGCCAAGUUAUUCAAAGUUCUUUGCAAUUUCGUUACCAAGAUAUUUAGUAAGCCUGUCACUUGAGAAUAAUAAUUUGUCCACUGAAUCUUUUCCCGUGGACUUCAGUUGCCUAACCAUGUUAAAGGAGUUACAUCUAGAUGAAAAUCCUAUUGUUUCCCUGCCCUUUUGUGUGAGAAGCCUUCCUAGGCUUCAGAUACUUGGCAUGUCAAAUUGUAAUAUGCUGACAACAAUAGAGAAUCCUCCUCCUACAUUAAAGUAUCUAAGUCUAUAUUUUGGCUCUAGUUGUAAUCGUUUGCUACGAAAAGUUGUAUUUGAUCCACAAAUGUCCCCACUCAUGUUCAUAUUCGGCUCCGAGAUGUUUUCAACUUCGUCUUUUGAAUUUGAAGGCAUUGUCAAAAUCCAACCAAUGGCAGAUGUUGAGGAAAAGGUAUUACAUUGUUUGGGGUGGACUAACCUAGACCUCCUUAUUGGAAUGCGCGUGGGAGCUUAUCUUGAUGAUAGAAGAGAGGAAUCUGAAAUCCAGAUGUAUUAUGAAUUUGGAAUAUUCAGCACAAUUUAUUGGGGUAAAGAGAUGCCGAAUUGGAUUACAGAUAGAAGCAUGGGGUCAUCGAUAUCAUUUACCAUCCCAUCAUCUCCAAAAAAUCUCACAGGAUUAAAUUGCUGCUGUAUGGUGACAUCUCCAUUUACCGAUGAUGUUCAUCUUGAGGUGCCAUUGAUGAAAAUUACUAAUAUAACAAAGAAUCUCACCUGGAUAUACCAACAUUAUGUUGGCAGUGUACUUGAUGUCGGUGGAAAGAGUUUGAUGUUGUUAAGCCAUUGGAUGUUUGGGAUGAAUGAGAUGGAAUGUGGUGAUCACGUUACUAUUACUGUUACCAUUAGGGAGAAUCCAGAUGUUAUUGGUAAUGCAGUUGCUAAGGAGUGUGGGGUGAGUUUUGUUUAUGAUAAUGAAAGUAAGGAUGUAGAAGAAGAUGCAUUGGGUUAUUACAAGUCAUGGAAUCACAUCAUUGGUGGAGAUCUCACUGCAUUUCAAACAACAACAGGAGAAUACAUCUUAAGCAAAUGGCGAAUUCUAGCUCCAUACAUGGAUCUGGGUAUGUGUGGAGAUGGAACCCUCUUUAAAGAUGAGCAAGUGCACUUUAGAGCUCUCUCUCAAAGGAAGUCUAACGUAGUGGAGGAUGGCCCUUAAGGUGGCAGUGAAGGCUACGCUUUGUCACUCGAAAGACGUACACUUUUGGUUCACCGACCUUUGCUCAUAUCUACAGCUCUGCUAUUCUAAGCAAGUAUUUUUUUAGGUGUGCAUUUUUGUCAUGUAAUGAGAAUGAAGGUGCUUUUUGUUUUAGUGUUUUGCUGUCCCAAAGAGUUGGAUCUUCCAAGUUUUCAUGCUCAAAAGCUAUAUAAUACUGGGUUUGAUGUAUUCUGUUUAUACAUAUUUAU